UAUUUCGUGCGGUACAUUCAAUUAAUAUUCAAUCCGACGCCUAUAUAUAUCAACGAAUACUUUGACAUAGUCAUCACACACUCUCGAAUUAUACACUUUACUCUUUUCCCACCAAAGAAGAUGAGCUUCAAUCCUGUAACCAUGGAUAUUCUAACAUCUUCGCUGAUUGUAGUAUCCAUCGCGUGGAUAUGUAUACAGAUUCUAUCGUCAGAUUUUAGGGCCCGAAAAUCAUCGAAGCUCCCCCCAGGCCCGUACGGGCUCCCGAUCAUAGGCAACAUCCUCCAUCUCGGGUCCAAACCCCACCGCUCCUUGGCUAAACUAGCCCGCAAGUACGGGCCUGUGAUGUCGCUCAAGCUCGGGAGCGUCACGACCGUAGUCUUCUCGUCGCCGGAAACCGCGAAACUGGUGCUGCAGAAGCACGACGCCUCCUUCUCCAGCCGAACUAUCCCAAGCGCAUCCAAAGCCCUCCGCCACGACGAGUUCUCCAUGGUGUGGCUGCCCGUCGGGGAGCAGUGGCGGAAGCUGCGGAAGAUAUGCAAAGAGCAUAUGUUCUCGACUUCGAGGCUCGACGCGAGCGAGGGUUUGAGGAGGGAGAAGCUGCAGAAGCUGCGCGACUACGUGGGAGAGUGCUGCGAAACGGGCCGGGCCGUGGAUGUAGGGGAGGCUGCGUUUACGACGUCGUUGAAUCUGAUGUCGGCGUCGCUGUUCUCGGUGGAGUUCGGGCAGUUCAAUUCGGAUUCGUCGCAGGAGAUGAAGGAUGUGGUGUGGGGCGUCAUGGAAUCCGUAGGCCGCCCCAAUUUGGCGGAUUAUUUUCCGGUGCUGAAAUUUGCUGAUCCACAGCGGAUUUUGAAGGGAUUGGAGUUUAAUGUUGGCAAGUUGAUUGCGAGAUUUGAUGAGAUAAUAGACGAGAGGUUGAAAUCGAGGGGUGAGAAACAUGAUUUGGUUGAAGUUCUCAUUGAUUUACACCAAAAAGAUGGAGCGCAACUUAGCCGAGACGACAUAAAACAUCUCCUUCUGGAUCUCUUUGUAGCUGGAACUGAUACGACUUCAGGAACAGUGGAAUGGGCAAUGACAGAACUAAUACGCAAUCCUAUAAAAAUGUGGAAACUUAGAAACGAAAUCAGGAAUUUGAUUGAAAAAAAUGGGAAAAUUGAAGAAUCAGAUAUCUCAUUGCUGCCAUAUUUGCAAGCAGUGGUAAAGGAAACAUUCAGGCUACACCCUGUUGCCCCUUUCUUAGUACCUCACAAAGCUAAGUCUGAUGUAGAAAUAAACGGCUAUAUCGUACCUAAAAAUGCGCAGAUUCUUGUUAAUGUGUGGGCUAGUGGUAGAGAUCCUAGUUUCUGGGAGAAUGCAAAUGAGUUCAUGCCAGAGAGAUUCUUGAACGAGAAUGAUGGCGUAGAUUUUAAGGGCCAAGAUUUCGAGUUGAUUCCAUUCGGGACAGGAAGGAGAAUCUGCCCUGGAUUGUCGUUGGCGAAUCGCAUGGUGCAUCAAAUGUUGGCCACAUUUGUGGGUGAUUUUGAGUGGAGACUUGAAAGUAUGAAACCACAAGAAAUAGACAUGAAUGAGAAAUUUGGACUUACUCUUCAGAAAGUUGUACCUCUCCAAGCAAUUCCCACCAAAGUCUGAAUGUUUCCAUGUUUUCCUUUUAUGAUCUUAUACUAUGUUUUUCCUUUGUGCUUUACUUUACUAAGUUCGUUUAGUUUGUAAUCUUUUCGCUUUUCCUUGCACGUUUUUUCAUCUUGAACACUCGGCAUCCUCUAUCUUAUUUUUGAUGUUUUAUUU